GCUUAUCACGUAUUUACUACAUGCCUGCGGAAUGUUUCAAAUUGCUAGCGUUCGUAUGAAGCGUUCCAUACAAAUUUCUAAACAUCAAGAUGACAUUCUGCUAAGUGAAAACUCGAUAUCUAAAAAUCUGAUCUGUGCCAUAGAUAUUCAUCGAAAAGCAAUAAUGUACGCAAAUAGUUUAAUAGCUAACUUUGAGAUGUCGUUUUUUUUCUUAAUAGUGUUUGGAGUACUUACUUUGAGUUUUAGCGUUUUUCGAAUGUUUCAGAUUGCAUCGUCCACGUGCAAUAUUAGUGAAAUUGUACCAUUUUUUGUAAGUACAAGUAUUGCUGUUGUGUACAUGUUCUUUGCCAAUUUUAUGGGUCAGGAAAUUAUAAAUCACAAUAAUAAAGUAUAUGAAGCUGGGUACGAGAUUCCGUGGUAUCUAACUUCUCGACGUAUACAAACACAAAUAUUAUUUUUGUUGCAAAGAAGCACCAAGAUAUUUGGCUUGAAUGUCGGUGGAUUAUAUAUAGCAUCCCUACAAUGCUUUGCCACGUUGAUGAACGCGUCGAUAUCUUACUUUACCGUUAUGUAUUCUACAAGAUAAUCAUUAUCAUGAUAGACACUUUUAAAGAAAACGACAAAUAGUAUGAGAUGUAUACUUUUUUAGUUGACGAA